AUCUGAAUACCAGACGGCACACAAACACAGGGUCACUUCCGCCCACGUGUUACCACAAUAUAACACCACAUACAUAACGAAGGGUUUACUCCACAGUCUUUUCGGUUAUUUAGGUAUAGUUACGAUUGACGGCAAUAUAUCAAACUAAGAGCUUAACCGCCAAACGUACGGUUACAUAUAACAAGGAGGCUUUUAUUUUUUUAGUGUGACACCGGAACCAGAUUAAACGUUUGAGUAAAUCUCCCGCUCUCCGUCAUGUUACCAUAGCAAUGGACAGAAGCAAAUGGGAGAAGAUACUCACCUGUUUUCAGGCAUCUGCACGUGGAUACUUGGUGAGAAACGAAUUACGUCAAGCGCGAGAAGACUUUGAGGACAUCGUGAAAGAAAUUGAUGGAGGCUUGACCCAUGUAGAGUGGAGCGAGACGAUCAUCCCCAUACCACACUUCAGACACACUGAUGGCCCAUUUCUACGACGCAGCAGCUCUACCAGAAAACCUUCAAAUCCAGGACUAGAUGUCUGUGCCAGUCCCCACAGCCCAUCAUCAUCAUCAUUGUUGUUGUUGUUGUCGUCACAAGCACGCUUAUCAGAGGAGAGAGGAGAUGAUCGUGUCCUACUGGAGAAGAUAGAAGCAGAGAGAGAUGAUUCACAAACCGAAGGACAGGCCUCAUUUUCUAAGGACUGUUUCCACAGCAGUAAUGUUAGAGGGGAUGGAGAGGGACACAAAGAAAGUACAGUGGGGGAGAAAGAUGGAGACUCCACCACUGUCUGGAGCAGCUUGGAGCUGGACAUGAACAAUGAUCACUCUCACAAAGGUCCCCGGGAGUACUGCUUGGCUCAGGAGGUGCCCUGCACCCCAGAGGCCAUGCGUCUCCAUAGAAACACCCUGACCAUGGAGCUGGUUUGGCUCCAACAGGCCAUUGACAGCAGGAAAAAGUACUUGUCGCUGAAGGAUGGGCUGAGCGUAUCCUGACAGCAGAAGUAAUCUGAACUGGACUUGAUAAUGUGGGACUGAAGGCCUGAUUGCUGUCAACUGAACUCGCUCAAGUGGCAUCUUUUUAGGCUAUUAUUUUACACGUAUACAAAGACACACUAAAUAAAUAGUCUUCAGUGGUAUUUAUCAUGUGUUUGACGAAAUCUGUACAUUGUGUAUUGUUUAAAAAAGAAUAAAUUGUAUUUUUCUAGAAAGUA